CAUAGCUAGGCUACGUAACGCCUUUCACUAAAAUUAGCGAACUAUUAAAAUCAAACCCGAGCUGUUAACUCUCACGUUUGCGAACGCCCACUUGCAACACUACACGCCAAAGAUGGAAUGCCUUUCUUUAACCACUCCGCGCUGACUCGAGAAGGAGAGCGAUCUCCCCUUUUUCUGGCAACCCCUCCCCGUGAGCACUGCCUGCCUGUGCGAACGAAUAGUCUACCCGAGAGUAGAGUGCCGCGCAGUAACAACAGUCCUCCGCUCGGAUCACCAGGCGUGAAGAGGCAUUUCUCUUCUGGAAGCGCCGCAAACGAGCUUUGAGAGCCCAGACACCCGCACUCGUUACGGACAUGAGCCCGGGGAUCCGGAGAUGAGGCUCCGAAAUGGCACCUUCCUAACGGUCAUAUUGUUUGGUCUAUGCGGACUCAUUUCGCUUUCCUGGUACACUGCAUUCAGCAAUUCAAAAGAUGGUGUGGUGGAUAUUUACCAGCGGGAGUUUCUGGCGCUGAGGGAGAGACUGCACUCCGCGGAGCAGGAGAACCUGAAGCGUUCCAAGGAGCUCAAUCUGGUGCUGGACGAGAUCAAGCGGGCUAUUGCUGAGAAGCAAGCCCUCAGGGACAUUAACCGCACCUGGGCCAGUCUCUCGGACGAAACCAAGCUGAAGCUUUGGAAUGUGACGACCAGUAAGAAUGUCCUCCAGCUGCCCAGCAUCUUCCACCAUCUUCCCCAUCUCCUGGCCAAGGAGAGCAGUCUACAGCCGGCCGUGCACGUGGGUCAAGGACGCACUGGGGUGUCGAUCGUGAUGGGCGUGCCCAGUGUGAAGCGGGAGGUCCACUCCUACCUGACUGACACCAUCAGUUCUCUGAUGGCAGAGCUCAGUGCCUCGGAAAAGGACGACUGUGUCAUCGUGGUCUUCAUUGCUGAGACAGAUCAACAGUACGCAAACGGUGUGGCUGACAACCUCAAGCGCCUGUUUCCAGUGGAGAUUCAGUCAGGUCUCCUGGAGAUCAUCUCUCCGUCGGUCCACUUCUAUCCUGACUUCUCACGUCUCAAAGAAUCCUUUGGUGACCCCAAGGAGAGAGUCCGAUGGAGAACGAAACAGAAUUUGGAUUACUGUUUCCUCAUGAUGUACGCCCAGUCAAAAGGAACAUACUAUGUGCAGCUGGAGGACGACAUCGUAGCGCGUCCCAAUUACUUCACCACCAUGAAGAACUUCGCCUUGCAGCAGCCCUCAGAGGAGUGGAUGAUUUUGGAGUUCUCCCAGCUGGGCUUCAUCGGUAAGAUGUUCAAGUCUCUGGACUUAUCGCUGAUUGUGGAAUUCAUGCUAAUGUUCUACAAGGACAAGCCCAUCGAUUGGCUGCUGGACCACAUCAUGUGGGUCAAGGUGUGCAAUCCGGAGAAGGAUGCUAAACACUGCGACAGGCAGAAGGCCAACCUGAGGAUCCGCUUCAAGCCCUCUCUGUUCCAGCAUGUAGGCACCCACUCCUCUCUGGCUGGAAAGAUCCAGAAACUUAAGGACAAGGAUUUUGGCAAGCAGACCCUGCACAAGGGCCACGCCAACCCGUUGGCAGAGGUGACCACCAGCCUGAAGACGUACCAGCACUUCACCCUGGAGAAGGCGUACCUGGGAGAAGACUUCUUCUGGGCCUUCACACCCGUGGCUGGCGACUUCAUCCGCAUCCGCUUCUUCACGCCUGUCCGCAUCGAGAGGUAUUUCUUCAGGAGCGGUAACAUUGAGCAUCCAGGUGACAAGCUGUUCAACACCUCUGUGGAGGUGCUGCCUUUCGACAAUAUUCAGUCUGAGAAAGAGGCCUUGAAAGAGGGGAGAGAGAAAACACCUAAAUACCACAGAACUGAGGACGGCUUUAUCAGAAUAGGAAUGUUCCAUAAUGGGAUUGCAGAGGGGGAGGUGGACCCCACGUUCGGGCCCCUGGAGGCCCUUCGUCUCUCUGUGAUCACAGACUCACCCGUCUGGGUCAUCCUGAGCGAGAUAUUCAUCAAAAAAGCAGAAUGAGUUACCACAUCCCACAGCAAUACCUCAGUCAUCCGUUGGCCCGUUCAGCAGAGAAACCGAGCCUUUGCAAGCUACCCUUGUUCCCUGACUUUUGGCGUCAAGUUUCUCAGGUGCAGUCGGAUUGCGCCAUCUGCUGGUGCGAUCUUGCCAUCGCCGGGUCCAACUGAGACAGUCUGCCCAAUCUUCGGUUGUCAGACAGCGUGGGAAGAUCUGCCCAGACAUGCUGGAGGACAUGAGUCCUGCACGGACAACACACAGACAAAGCUGUAUUUAGGAAACUGUAUUUAUGUGUACAUAAAGGUUUAUGUUUUGAAUAACUGUAAUUACACUGGCAACUGUCAAACAGCUAACGGGAUUGCCCCGCCCCUUUUGACGACACUACGACGGAAUAUUGCUGCUUCGGAAAUCAAAGACUUCGCUUCACAGUUACCCAGACAGAACUAAAUGAUGCUACUUCAAUAUUGGACAGACAUGUUUUGACAAAUGUUCCUGGUUUUACUUAAAUCUAUUCAUAGAAUGUGUGUGUGUGAAUAUAGGCCUAAUAUGCAUACUUAUGUACACACAAUCAUAUGAAUGAUCAAUAUUAUGUGUGUUAUUAUGUACAUACAAUGAGUGUCCCCAAAAGUCAGUCAGAAUGAUAGUCUAGACCUAUACAGUGUAGAACGAAAUAGACCUUUAGCCAGAAAGUACACUUGUCACAUGUUUGAAUAAAAUGUCUUUAUACAGUCAAUUCUAGGGCCAGAAUUCAAUCAAGGAACGUUGUGAUUUUCAUUGUUAAGAACAUCUUUUCAGGUUUUUUUUCUUUUGUGAACAAUGUUUGCUAACAUAAUUUUUUUCCCCAUCUCCAGCUAUCAAUUUACCUUAAUGUGACAUGAAGCUAACCAGGCUGUGGGGAUGAAUCAAUGUAAGCUAAGGCCAGACAUGAGCUUCUCUACUGCAUUAGCUAGAAAACGGGAAAAGACAGCAUUCUCAAUAAUGUAGGAAAUGUAUCUGACUUGGCCUUUGGAUCUUCUCAAUCUUCCAAAUAUCAGAUACUCAUGGUCAGUUUUAACCAAGCCAUUAGAAAAGCUUGGCUAAAUAUGUAGCUUUAAUCUUUGUUGUCAACUUAAUCAAUGAUUGUCAGAACGACCAACCACCAAGAAGUCAAAGAAGAACCCCUAUCUCCAGUUCAUGUGAGAUUUUCACAAUGUUACAACUUAAUGUUAGAUAGUUGCUCAUCCUGAAAGUAGUUUGGCCCAACAGAAACAGUUUUCCUUUAUCGGGUAGUACAAUAAUUAGCAGCCUUUAGCCACCAGAGCAUGUCUUUAAGAGGUCACAUCAACUUUAAUACCUGUUGAUGUUUUGCUACUGGUGGCCAAAGGUACCUGAUGUUUGUAAUGGCAGUUUAAAUAACAUACUUAACCCUGAAUUGUGGUUCAUCUUGGCCCAUAGACUGCUCAAAGAGUGAGGAACUAUUUAGCAUUCAUUUGUGAAUUACUGUUUAAUUUUUUUCCCCACCCAACUGAAGGGUCCUGAGAAAGUGUGCAGUAAGACAACCCAUACCUUCCCACGUAGUUUGUCUACUAUUACCUUGAAGGUCCCAUUUUUUUCAAGCAGUGUUUGUAUAAGCCCCAGCGCCAUACUUAAACACUGUCCAAAUAAACUAUUUAAAGGUAAGAGCCACACUUAACUUCUGUUAAUUACAAUAAAUGAGUAUCGCAUUAAGGGACACAUUGACAUGUGUAUCCACAAACCAUUAUUUCUCAGAGCCCCACCACAGAAGCAAUGAAUGCUGUUGAUCCAGGUCCUAUGGCGUGUUGGCACGGAACAAGUGAACGGGAUUUCAUCCAGUACUAAUGGAUUGAAAUAUAAAUUAAACCUGGGGACCUGCAGCCAAAGUGGGAGCACUUUCAUAUCGAAUUCUGACAGGCAACUGUUGCUUGAUUCUGUUGCGUCAACACAGCUUCCCAGCCAUAGCAGGCAAACUGGUUUUUCUGUUGAUUGGAGUGUUCACUCCAGGGACAGACAGACUGAAGUAAUGAGGGUUGUGCCAAAACGGUGUCUUAGGAGCCCUGUUUAUGUUGUUGGUAUGGCCGCUAUUGAAUAGCAGGUGCACGGUUGCAUAAAGUCAACAGCCGGGCAAAGUACAGCAGACAACUGAACUGUACCCAAUGACUCUCUGACCUGCCCUCUGUGAAAGAGUUUUGUUUUUCUCGUAAGAUGCACUGGAAUGCAUUGCUAUUCUAUGUUGUAUUUUGUAUAAUUUAGAUAUAAACUAUAUUUAAGGACAUUAUCUUCUAUCCAAUCUGUGAAUUGUAAUAAAGACGGAAUUUCAA